GAAGUGCGGCCAGAAUGAUACGCAGAGCGAUAUGGUGAUACAAUAGGUACGAUGUACUCCAGGGUAUGUGGAAAUGUGUAAUGGUUCCAGGACUUACACUUCGAAAUGCGGUCGUUUGGUUGAAAUCAGGGGUACGAUCAGGACUCGAUGGCAACCAAAGGUCAGUGGGACGUCUCGCAUUGGGCGCUCACGGGAAGACUACAAAUGAAGCUGUGCAGGGUGAUAUGGGCUGGACAAGUUUUGAAGUGAGGGAAGCUCACAGAUUAUGAAGAACGACUGAGGAAUAUGGCAGAAAGUAAAUGGGCUAGGAGAGUGUUGAGGUAUUUGUACAGGAAAAACAUUGAUUCAUAGUGGAGGACAAGAACUAGGAAGCUUACCAGCAUUUAUGCGGCCCGUUGGGUGAGCAACACAACAACAAAGAACGUCAAGCGGAAAGUCAGUGAGGGUGAAAUAAUCUCAUGGGUGGCGGCAAUUGAAAAGAAACCUGCCAUGAGUAACUACUUAAGAGGAAAAAACGAAAUCAGAAAAAAAAAAAACAAUUUAUAAUAACUCAAAGCGAAGCUCAUUACUUUUCGAAGCGAGAUCGGGAUGCCUUAGAACACGCACAAAGCGAGAUAUAAGAAGGAACAAGCAUGUGCUUGCUGCGGUGAAGGUAGGGAAAUAAUAGAGUAUGUCCUAUUAGACUGUGAAAACAUCUGCCCAGCGGUCGAUUUAGGCACCGCUGGCCCAUGGCUGGCCUCCAGUGGCCUCUUUGAAACCCUUGGGUGCAGCGAGUGCAGGGGGAAAGUAAAAAAAAAAAAGCGAUUGGAAGAUUGGUGGUAGUAGGUAAACGACAAAAAAAUGGAGACUUUGGAGAGAAAUGGAGAAAAAAUGGAAAACUUAAUUAUGGGAAUCUAUCGUUGCUUCUUUUCUUCUUUUUUUUAACCUAGGUAGGACAAUAGAGAGUAUAAUAGCAAGAACUUCGUGGCGCAACCCACCGUGUCGCUCCAAAGAAAAUGAUCAUAACAUCCAUCCAUUUAUCCUUACCUCAUCUAGAGCCAUCUAGCGACGCAAAUGCGAAUAAAAAUAAGUGGGCCGUCUACGACGAUCGGCUGAUCGGCCACUCAGUUAGGCUGUCGGUUUGUACGUUGUUGGCUGUUUUAGCCUAUUUGCUUAGGAAAUAUUUGGCAAAUAUGCGAUAGUGUAAAAAUUGGCAAGUCACUGUUUCGUAUAAUUUUUCUUAAUCGUCUGUCGCCUGCAGAAGGGAUGCUACUAGUGGACGUGAGCUGUCUACUGAAAGGGUACAGUUCUUAAUGAAUAAUUUCGAGCUGAAGUACACUGUUCCAUGCCUUGAUGGGCACAUGUUACUCAAGUAAGAGCAAGUCAGCCUCACAGCCGUACUCCUCUGCUCCCAUGUCGGCAUCCUCUUCUCAGGAUAGUGCGCUACGUCUACCACGAGCCACUCCUUACACAAGGGGAACCGUCGCACCAAUAGAUACAUCGGAGGUGAACUUCAGACGUUGUAUUCCUCCCCCUACUAAAUACCGUGCCAACCCUUCUCAAUCUGGAAAUCUGCAAGGCAAAGCCAAUGUCACAGUGACAACAGACUUUGCAGACAGGAGCAGGAGAGCUGUGACUGACAAUGCUGAUGUGAACAACCCUAGCUUCAAUAACAACUUUGAGGAUGGAAGCUCAUCCCAAGAUUUCACUAGCUUUAAAAAGGAUGUUGUCGAUACUGGUGCAUAUAAUGUAACGGACAGCUGCUCAUUACGGGUUAAAACAGAGGGGGCCAAGGUGUCUUCCGAGAACUCGGAACAGAUGCGCAUUCAGUAUGGCGCCACCAAAAUCCCAACCAAGAUUACAGCACACCUGAGUGGGCUCCCCAAGCCUCAGGUUGCUGUUGUGACAACCAGAGUUCCACCUGUGCCGCAGAGGGCUACAAGUGAGAAGUUACAUGCAGCAGCUCGAAUGUCCAACCAACCAGUGGGAGAGGCUGCUGCUGCAGAAAAGCGGACUGGUUGCCAGCACCGGGUGUCGCCGGAUAAGGAAAGCAUUUCAGACAGGAGCCACAGCGGAGACAGCGGUAGCACCGACUACGACUCUGGUCUGGGCCACUCUCUGAGUGACCCACCUGCUGGCAGUGAGAAUGGCGGGAAGGCUCAGAGCAGCAGCACGACGCUACAAGUGGAGUCGUCGCCUGUUCUAAAGGAGGCCGUGGGUGUAGGAAAAGAGUUCGACUCGGCUGUACUGCCCACAACGCUCCCUGUUGGAGCACAACUGACUACAGUUGAUGGGACUGCCUCCAAGAUGGGUGUGUAUGACCAGCCGGACUCCUACGCGGCAUACCGGGGAAUCCUGUCUUAUCGGCGCAUCACUCCAAUAAAGAAGUAUUCAGAGACUCCUCAGUGGAAGCGGCCUGUUGAACCAAAGAUCACAAAAGGCUUCAGCAGCCCCACUCGGGCUGUCAUCGCCAAGGGAAUACUGACCAAGGGAGCCAAGGCAGCAAAGGAUUGCUCACCAGAGCAGAAGAGAGAGGGGGUUGCAAAAGGACCAUCAAUGCUGUCAGCUCCACUCAGCCCCCCAAACAAGGAAGAGAAGAGUGGUGGGUUUCUCAGCCCCACAUCAGAUGGCUUCCUAAUCGAUGAUGACAUCUCUGAUCAGCCUGGUCUGAUCGCUCUCGAGCGGUCUAGAGGAAGAGGGGCACCAUCAGUCAAGAAGUCCAUCUUUGAACUGCAUGCUCUACAGUCAUUCAGUGGGCGACAGACUAAAGUUGACCGAACAUUGGAUGACCUCCAUCCCUUAUGUUCUGAUGCUGGAUCGUCUUGUUCAAGCCUGGGUUCCGAUGACCUUAUGCUGGACUUUGAAACUCCAUGCAAGGAUUCGCCAGAAAUUGCAUCCAGUCCUGCUGUUAAAUAUGCUGGAACACAACUGAGAAGGGUGGCACGCCCAUCUGUUGCUUCACAAGCAGAAAAGAGGAACUCGUGGGACAGUAAUCACUCAGAUGAAGGGGCCGCCUUGCGUCGAGCUUCUGACUCACUUGCAUCUCGGUGGCCUCUGAAAACGCCAUCCAGUACUACAGCAGCUGAAGCACGUCCGCGCACUGUCAGCUUGCCACUGCGUCCUCCUCGUCAGGUGGUGAUGCAAGAGUGUGAUGAUGGUGGUGUGAAGUUAGACUCGUCUUCAUACCGGUCAGUGUGCCAGGACCUCAAUGGACUCAAGACUAUGCUCCUCAAGCUACGCCGCAUACUACAGGAUGCUGAGACGCUAAAUCCCUUUGAACUCCCAAACACUAAGCAAAUGGUCAGCAUAAUGUGCCCAGCAAAAACGGCAAAGAUGAAGAUGAUGAAGACAAACAUCCCACGCCAGCUGGAGAACUGUUCCUUCGUGUCUGGGAUUUUGUGUCUGGCUGCUGUUGUGCUGCUUACUCUUGCCUUGGCGCGUAACAAACUGGUGGAGGUGCGGGGUGGUUGGAGCUGCCAUUUUCGCUGGGAGCAGUCCAAACUUUGGGGCUUGUCCACGGAUCCUUCUGCUGGCGUGGUGUACAGGCGUAAACACUGGUAUGGGGCUGGAGCUCCUGCUGCUCGGAGGGAUUGAUGCAUGGAUUAGAUUACCCUGCACCUCCACCAGUUUGUCACGCACCAAAGCAAGGGUAAGCAGCAGAACUUAACUGGUGACUAGCAUGACUAAUAUGUUUUGUAAACAAAGUAUAGUUGACUAUUAAAGAGUCCUUGCAACAGCCCUCAUUGCCAUUUUUCCUGCAUCUUGGUCCUUUAUGAUACCUUAUUGUCCUUAUGACAUUUUUAUGUGUGGUAUUUCAUAUUAAAUGUGAAACUUAUUAACAGUGGGUUUGUUUUAAGGUUCAGCGGAGCAUAUUCAUUAGCUGAAUAGUGUAAGGAAAAUGUUUUAAAAAGCUCCAGACUCCAGUGAUUUUUGAUUUUGCCUAUCUGAGUUAUGGUAAAUUGUAGUCAUGUGUCUUUGGCUGUUCAAUAAAUUUAUACUUCCACGUGAUGUUGUGAAGACUCCCCCACACCAGUGCUGCCUCAACAAAUGUCUGUAAAACGCCGAGCGACCCCCCACAAUCUGAAAAAAUAUCCAGUGUGCACGCGAUAGCAGAUGCACAAUGGCUGCAGCACCAUCCUUCGGCAAGUAGGACAGGCAAGAUGACAUGUCUAGUUAGCAAGCCCUAUGCAAGUUAUCCUUGUGUCAUUGUGUUGUCACUGUUCGCCUUUACUAUCUUUUACUGUGUUUGCCUUUACUCCUGCAUAUUUGUUGCACACUUGCUCCAUGAACCCAUGAAUCUCACAGACAGCAUGUGCAUACUUGUCAAGUUUUACAAUUUUACCACAGAAUGCCUGAUUUUUUAGCCUAAUUGUUGUAAUCAACCCUAUAAUAUUCAUUUUUUAUGUUUGUCCAUGUAUGGAAAAAACUUAUAUCGAAAGAAUGCAAAUCUCACAUAUUUUGCCAAAGCAACAAUGUGGAGCAAGCGUCUGUAAAGUUCAAUCUGUGUCAGGAAAAUCGGUUGGUGAUUGUUGUUAGCCUCAUAGUAACCAAUGGCUACAUAUUUUUGCAUUGGCAUCAUCAGCUUCUCCUUUUUCCACUCCAUGGGUCCUGCCAAGUGCAUUCUUGCUGUGUUAAGAGAUGCAGUUUCCAAAAAGCACCUUCAACUGUAUACUGUUCCUUGUCAAUUUGCAGAUUUCAUGUGACUUGAAAGGUCCUGCAAUGAGGAAAAUUGCAUUAACAUGUGUAGUUCAUUGACGUUAAUAUUUUUACUCUGGUUAGUACAACCUCUUGGCACAUCUGAACACAUGGAACAAAAGGACAGGGACAGUGUUUUCAAGAGCAACAAAAAACUUUGUGCAUAUCUUUGUUCACCUGUGGUGCAGACUAUUCUAGAUGUAAUUACGGGGAGCAUGUGACAUUUAAAGGGGCUGCGACCGUAGGCAGAAAGUUUUCAUUUUUCCUGGGGGGGAGGCUGGGAGGCCCGACCAGCUUUCCGAACUCCACACACGCAUACACUCACGCACACACCUCAGCCUUAGUCUUUUUGCACCACCAAGCAUCUGGCAUCUCUCGGAGGUGUAAUCUUCCUUCGUUGAAUUGUCGUAAACUUCGCUAUCACUAAUGCUGCUUCGCCUUUCCGGAGAAACUGCACCCUCUCUCUUUCUAUCUCUGUUUUUUUGUUUUACUGCGAGCCCGAGCAUAAGCCCUGCUGUGCAUGACUGCUGUCGAUUUUGAUCUUGAGUGAAUCCUGCUUGGCCUUAUUUCGGUUAUUGAGUGAAUUGUACAAGGUGGCCCAACUAUCAUGCACCAAGUCUUUAAA